AUCAAGCAAUACACCAACGUCCUCGACAAACCCCUCAGCAAGGGCAAACAAGAGGUGAGUUUGAGUGCAUUUGCAUUCUUGUUUUCGGAGCUUGUUCAGUACAAUCAAACCCAAGUUGACAACAUCACAGAAUUAGAAAGAAGGUUGGAGGAUGCAGGCUAUGCUGUUCCUCGACAAACCCCUCAGCAAGGGCAAACAAGAGGUGAGUUUGAGUGCAUUUGCAUUCUUGUUUUCGGAGCUUGUUCAGUACAAUCAAACCCAAGUUGACAACAUCACAGAAUUAGAAAGAAGGUUGGAGGAUGCAGGCUAUGCUGUUGGUGCUAGGGUGUUGGAACUUCUUUGCCAUCGGGAAAAGGGUAACAGGAGGGAGACACGAUUGUUGGGCAUUUUGUCUUUCGUACACAGCACAGUAUGGAAGGUGUUGUUUGGAAAGGUGGUGCUUUCUUCUUCAGCUGCUGCAUUUCAUGGGGUAGCUGAUUCGCUUGAGAAGGGCACUGAACAUGAAGACGAAUAUAUGAUUAGUGAGAAAGAACUCCUUGUGAAUAGAUUUAUUUCAAUACCAAAAGACAUGGGGACAUUUAAUUGCGGCGCAUUUGUGGCAGGAAUAGUAAGGGGUGUUUUGGAUGGUGCAGGAUUUCCGGCUGUGGUUACAGCACAUUUUGUGCCUGUAGAGGGUCAGCAACGACCUCGGACAACCAUUUUAAUAAAAUUUGCUGAAGCGGCCCUACGUAGGGAUGAUCUCUAUCCUCUACCAUAUGUUCAUCCUGUUCCACAAGCUUUCGCUUCUACUAUCUUGCCUUCGUUAGUUUGGCACAGUUGCCUUGGUCAUCCAUCUCACAAGGUACUACAAAGAGAAGCAAGGUUAGGUUGAUGUUUGUGUGAGUUUGGCUAGUUUAUUUUAUCAGUUUUUAUACAACAAUAUGGUGAAGGAUGGUGAAAUUUGUUGCUAGUUUAUGGAACCAUCCAGGAUGUUUGCAUGCAAAUCUUGUCUAUUUGUUUCUAUGGCCACUCUGAUUCCUUCCAAGAAUUCUUAUCCUAUGAUCAUAGCACAAUGCCUAUGUAUUUCAGAUUGUGUAAAAAACAUCGUCAUUUGCAUAGGCAGUUGAUGUAAAAAGCCCCUGUAUUGGCAUCUACUAUGUAUGAAACUCAGGUGGAUUGAUUUUUGAAUUUUUAUAGUGAUGGAAAUCUCCAUUUUCUUGUAUAACACAACAAUGAGGGAGUACCUCAUUCACUAGACCA